CUCUACUUCCUUCUUCUCCAACCAUGGUAGGGGUCUAGAUUCUAGAGUAGCUAGGUUGAUUUCAUUUCCUAGGUCUUCUGAUAAAGUGUAUUUCACCGACUGUAAUUAUCUGCAAAAAGCCUGUUUGCUUUCCAUCGUGUGUUAAUAUAUACAAGCGCAAGACUCUCUAGUGUCUAUAUAUAGGAAUUUGAGGGUGGGAAUUGCGAUCGUUGUGGCUGUGGUCUUUUUAAAUUUUCGAAGUGAAACAACGGGAGAGAGACGACAGACAUCACACACCAGUGAGUCGAUCACCAGGGAGAGAGAGAGAGAGAGUAGACAUCGGCCAUGGUUGAAGGUGUUUGUUUUGUCGUUUUAGUUGGUCUGCUUGGAGCGGCUUUGGGUCUCGUCUUCAACCAUUUCCUUCCGUUGUUGUUGAAGCUCGGUGUUGCUCCAAGGGGCACUUUUGGGUGGCCUUUAUUUGGUGAAACCCUUAGUUUCUUGAAGCCGCAUGCUUCAAAUGCUCUGGGAACCUUUCUUCUGGACCACUGUUCUAGGUAUGGGAAAGUAUUCAAAUCCCAUUUGUUCUUCUCUCCUACAGUGGUGUCAUGUGAUCAGGAGCUGAACUACUUCAUUCUUCAAAAUGAAGACAAGCUGUUCCAAUGUAGCUACCCAAAGCCCAUACAUGGAGUACUUGGGAAAUCUUCCUUGCUUGUGGUGGUGGGCGACACACACAAGAGGCUGAGGAACGUAGCUCUGACACUGGUCAGCACAACAAAAUCGAAUCCCGAGUAUCUCAACGACAUCGAGAGGACAGCCAUUCAUAUAUUAGAUUCAUGGAAAGGCAAACAAGUAGUCAGCUUCUGCGAAGAGGCUAGAAAGUUUACAUUUAACGUGAUAGUAAAGCAGGUCCUUGGGUUAACACCCGAUGAGCCACGAACAGCAGAAAUCCUGGGAGAUUUCCUUGCUUUCAUGAGAGGACUCAUCUCUUUUCCGCUCUACAUCCCUGGAACGCCAUAUGCAAGAGCUGUUCAGGCUAGAACUAGAAUAUCCUCCACUAUCAAAGCAAUCGUUGAAGAAAGAAGAAGAAACGGUGGUAACUCUAACAAAAAUGGUGAUUUCCUUGAGAUACUCUUAUCGGUGAAUAACUUAUCAGAGGAUGAGAAAGUGAGCUUUGUUCUGGAUUCUCUGCUGGGUGGCUACGAAACUACUUCUCUUUUGAUGGCCAUGGCAGUGCAGUUUCUAGCUCAUUCACCAGCUGCACUGGAACAAUUAAAGCUAGAGCAACAAAACAUCAGAAGCAUCAAGAAGCAUGGAGACGAGUAUUUGAACUGGGAAGAUUAUAAGAAGAUGGAAUUUACCCAGAAUGUUAUUAAUGAGGCUCUCAGAUGCGGGAACAUUGUCAAAUUUGUCCACCGAAAGGCUCUCAAGGAUGUCAGAUUUAAAGAUUAUGUAAUUCCGUCCGGUUGGAAGGUCCUACCAAUCUUCAGUGCAGUACAUUUAGACCCAUCUCUUCACGGAAGUGCCCUUCAAUUCGAUCCUUGGAGAUGGGAGAACGCUGGCCAAACAUGCAAGAAAUUUAUGCCCUUUGGCGGAGGGCCAAGGUUCUGCCCAGGAUCUGAGCUUGCUAAAGUAGAAACUGCAUUUUUCCUCCAUCACCUCGUACUCACUUACAGAUGGAGGACCGAAGGCGAUGACCAACCAAUGGCGUAUCCAUACGUUGAGUUUCAAAGUGGGUUGCAACUAAGAGUGGACCCAAUUUUAUCGAAUCGUCAGGUUAACUAGUCUUCUCAUGUAAUAAGAGUGUCCGAGUGUGGUUGACUGGUUGGGGGGUUGGGCUUGAAAGUUGAGACCUGACACACAAAACUCCCUGACCUUGUGGGUUGUAGCAUAUCUUUACCUCUUCUUUAGUAAGUAGAAAUAGGGAUCAUAGAAAGAGAAAGACAAGACCACUCUCGUCUCGUGUCGACUGUCCGUCUACUGUCUGUCAUGACUCGAGAUAUGUAAUCAAAAUGCUUUCCAUAAUAUAUAUAAAUAUAAAAUAGGUAUAGAAAUAAAUUUCU